AUGUUCAAUUUUCAAGAAGUUCAGGAUUGUUUUAGCUCUAAGAAUAGAAACCCUGAGAUUGUGGAAGAAGCAAACGGAGAGCCUUGUUAUGGUACUGAAGACUCUGAAGAAUCAGUAAGCAAUUUUCACCAAUGCUCUGAUACAGGAUUUUACAAGGAUAACUCAUCAAAAGGAAGUCUAGGUUUCUUGCCACAACAGCAGGAAGCAUUCUUGGAUUUUGGGCCUUUUGAUGAUACAAGGUAUAAUAUCCUUUCUCCACCACUUCAGACAUGUUUGAAGGAAAUUGAAAAGUUUGGUGAAAUCAAGAAUGGAAUUCAAGAUCAUGAUCAAACCAAGAAGACAAAUCAAAAAGAUCAGUUGUCUUCAACCUCACUUAAACUCCUCAAGAGAUACGUUGAAGGACUGAAAAGAUUGAACAGUGAAAGAAUCAUUAAGCCAAUUAAUGAUACACCAAGCAUGGAGGUGCCAAGCCAGGAACUUUCAACUGAAAAGAUCGUCAGGGUGGCCGGAGAAAGGUUUAUCCAGACCUUUACUAGAACUGUUGAUAUUGUCUCUAUGCUUGACAAUCCUUUUGAUCUUUCUUUCUCAGGCCUUUCUGUUGAUGAGGCUAAAAAAGUGGAGCUAGCUGAACUGCUCCUGCUUUCUGCUGAGAAAGUUGGCAAUCAACAAUAUGAACGAGCAAGCAUAUUGCUAAACCAAUGCGAUCGCUUAUCUUCCAGUACUGGAAAUGCAGUUGAAAGAGUAGUUCAUUAUUUUUGUAAAGCUCUUCGAGAAAGGAUUGAUCGAGAAACAGGGAAGAGUUUAGGAAAACAACACUGCUUCAAUAUUGAUGAGGCAAUUAUGGCUCCAAGCUCGACCAUCCUGGCGAGCUACCAAGAAGUUCCUUUCUCUCAGGUUGCACAUUUUGCUGGAAUCCAAGCCAUUGUAGAAAAUGUGACUGAUGCAAAGAGGAUUCAUGUGAUUGAUCUGGGUAUCAGAGUAGGCGUGCAAUGGACGGGCUUGAUGCAAGCUUUGGUGUCAGACUUUGACUGCAAUCUGGAGCUUUUAAAGAUAACUGCUGUUGGAACUACUUCGAAACACUUAAUCAAAGACACUGGUAAGAGGUUAACAAGUUUUGCCGAGUCUAUUAGCUUACCCUUUGCUUUUAACAUAGUAAUGGUUUCAGAUAUGUUGGAUCUCACAGAAGAUCAAUUUGAGCUAGAUUCUGAUCAAACAGUAGUUGUUUACUGUGAAUAUCUGCUAAGAAGCCUGAUUUCACUGCCCGAUAGGCUAAAUUCUGUGAUGAAAGUGAUCAGAAUUCUUAAUCCGAGUAUAACGGUGGUUACUGAACCUGAGUAUAAUUCAACUUCAUCAUCUUUUGUUAACCGUUUCAUUGAAGCUCUUUUCUACUUCAGUGCAUAUUUUGAUUGCCUUGAAUCAUGUAUGAAAGAUAAUUCAAACAGAAUGAUUCUUGAAUCUUUGCACUUCGGUGAGGGAAUUAAAAACAUCGUGGCCACCGAAGGAAAAGAGAGGAAGAUUCGAAAUGCAAAGCUUGAUGCUUGGAGGGCAUUUUUCACCCGUUUUGGGAUGUUAGAGACUGAACUGAGCACGUCAUCUUUAUGCCAAGCAAAACUAAUUGCUAAGAAAUUUGCUUGUGGGAAUGCUUGUACACUUAGCAUGGAUGGAAAAAGCCUACUUAUCGGGUGGAAGGGUACACCAAUGCAUUCCCUUUCUGCUUGGAAGUUCAUUUGA